AACAUAUUAUGUUUUAAAAAUCUCACUCGGUGUCUUUAUUGUGUCCUUUUUCUCCGUGUCUCUCAGGGUCGCCAUGUCAAAACAGGCCAGCUUGCUGCCAUCAAGGUCAUGGACGUCACAGGAGAUGAGGAGGAGGAGAUUAAAGCAGAGAUCAACAUGUUAAAGAAGUACAGCCACCACAGGAACAUCGCCACCUACUAUGGCGCCUUCAUCAAGAAGAACCCUCCGGGGAUGGACGACCAGCUCUGGCUGGUGAUGGAGUUCUGCGGGGCCGGCUCAAUUACGGAUCUGAUCAAAAACACCAAAGGGAACUCUCUGAAGGAGGAGUGGAUCGCCUACGUCUGCAGGGAGAUCCUCAGGGGUCUGACCCACCUCCACCAGCACAAAGUCAUCCACAGAGACAUUAAGGGCCAGAAUGUGCUGCUGACGGAGAACGCAGAGGUUAAACUCGUGGACUUUGGUGUGAGCGCUCAGCUGGACCGCACGGUGGGACGGAGGAACACGUUUAUCGGGACGCCGUACUGGAUGGCCCCGGAGGUCAUCGCCUGUGACGAGAACCCCGACGCCACAUAUGACUUCAAGAGUGAUCUGUGGUCGCUCGGUAUCACAGCCAUCGAGAUGGCAGAGGGAGCGCCACCUCUGUGCGACAUGCAUCCGAUGCGAGCGCUCUUCCUCAUCCCCAGAAAUCCUGCCCCCAGACUCAAGUCGAAGAAGUGGUGAGUCACUUUGUGCUAA